GCGUACAGAUCGUUCUUGUGAUUAUAUUUAUAUAAAUAUAAAUAAUUAAUCAAAUCGGAAAAAAACAAAACAAAACAAAACAACAAACAAAAUGCUGCUCAUUACCUUGGCCUUGGGCCUUCUGGCCGUGGGUCUCUUUUAUAUGAUGUUCACCUGGAAUCAUCAUUAUUGGCGCCAGAGGCGAGUGCCAGGACCCAAACCAAAUGUUUUCACCGGGAAUUAUGAUAAUAUGUACACAAUGAAGCGUCAUGCGAUCUACGAUCUAAAUGAUAUAUAUCGCAAAUACAAGAGCAAAUACGAUGCUGUGGGCAUAUUUGCUGGAAGGAAUCCUCAGCUAUUGGUCAUCAGUCCACAAUUGGCACGUCGUGUCUUUGUCUCCGAUUUCAAGUCUUUCCAUGAUAACGAAGUGGCCAGUUUCAUUGACGAGAAAUCGGAUUUCAUUUUCGCCAACAAUCCGUUCUCAUUGACGGGCGAAAAGUGGAAGCAGAGGCGGGCUGAUGUCACACCCGGUUUGACCAUGAGUCGGAUCAAAACUGUGUAUCCGGUUACGAAUGAGGUGUGUCAAAAGCUCACCGAAUGGCUGCACAAGCAAAUACGUCUAGGAUCCUCCGAGGGUAUCAAUGCCAAGGAUAUGAGCCUUUGUUUCACCUCGGAAAUGGUCACAGAUUGUGUGCUUGGACUUAAGGCGGAGAGUUUCACGGAUAAGCCAACACCCAUUAUGGGUCACAUCAAGGAUCUUUUUGGGCAAACUUGGUCACUCAUCCUUUACUUUAUAAUGCUGAGUAAUUUCCCCGCGCUUCGUCAUCUGAUCCGUUUGCGAUUUAUUCCCAAACAAGUGGAGGAAUUCUUCAUUGAUCUUAUGCAAAAUGCUGUGCAUGCUCGAAAGGCUCAGUUAGCUGUGGGUAAGCAAUUCGAGCGUGUCGACUUCCUGGAGUACAUCCUCCAACUGGCCGAAAAGCGGAAUCUGGACACUCGUGGUCUGCUAGCCUAUACGAUGACCUUCUUGCUGGAUGGUUUCGAGACCACGGCCUCAGUGCUCUCGCUUUUGUUACUGCAACUGGCACGAAAUGUCGAGAAACAAGAACGUUUGCGCAAGGAGAUCAAUGAGAAUUUGACAAAUGGCAAGGACUUUAUUGAAUUUGAAAAAAUAGCGGAACUACCCUACUUGGAAGCCUGCAUACAGGAGACUAUACGUCUGCUUCCACCUGCCCCUAUGUCAAAUAAAUUGUGCACUGAACAGAUAGAGCUGCCCAACAAGGAUGGACCCAAUUUCAUUGUGGAGAAGGGAACCGUUGUCGUGGUCCCACACUAUUGCUUCAACACGGACGAAGAACUCUAUCCCCAGGCCCAAGAAUUCCAGCCAGAACGCUUCAUGCAGCCAGAGGCAGCUAAAGAUUUCCGGGAACGUUGCGCCCUAAUGGGCUUUGGCGAUGGUCCACGCAUUUGCAUUGGCAUGCGUUUCGCCCUUACUCAGAUCAAGGCAGCUGCCGUUGAGAUAGUAACCAAAUUCAAAUUUCAACCAAAUCCAAAAACACGUACAGAUAAUCUAUUUGAACCCACAGGAGUGAUUACUUCCCUCCAAGGAGGCAUCUGGUUAGACUUCGAGGCGCUUAAAUAAUCCAAAACGUUUUCUCGAUAUCUCAACAACUACAUAAACACAAAUAUAUGUAUAUGGAUCUAUUCUAUAACCUAACUUUAGGUUCUUCAGCAAAUAAAAGAAAAUAUCUACGUCAUCCUAA